AUGUUUAAUGACCAGAAAGUGUUAGUCGACAUUUAUAUCCCGAGAAAAUGCUCAGCUACAUCAAGACUCAUUCCAGCUAAGGAACAUGGAGCUGUUCAAAUAAACAUUGGAAUGGUAAGGGGUAGAAAAUGUGAAAAGGUUGAUAAGAAAGGAGUUUUUAACGGAGAAACCGAAACUUUCGCGAUUGCUGGACAUGUCAGACAAAAGGGAGAAUCAGAUGCUUGUUUGAACAGACUUUUACAUGAAAAGAAAAUGUUGUCCUUUUCAAAUUGA